AUGAUUUUUAAUAUUCACAAAUAUGUCGAAACAGCGAAACUUGGUGAAGUAGUUACUGAACCAAAAAAUUUAACUCGAUUACCAACAUCAUUUCCCGAUGAUGUUGGUUCAAAUAAUAAUGGUUUUUAUCAAUUAAAUGCUGUUCUUACACAUAAAGGUCGAUCUAGUUCAAGUGGACAUUAUGUUUCAUGGGUUCGUCGUAAUCAAAAUGAAUGGCUUAUGUUUGAUGAUGAAAAUGUAACACCGAUGACUGAAGAUGUUUUAAAGUUAUCCGGUGGUGGUGAUUGGCAUACAGCUUAUUUACUUAUAUAUGGUCCAAGAACAAUUGAAUAUGAAGAUAAACCAAAUGAAGGUGCUAGUGGAGAAUCAAAUGUUGAUACUAUGGAUACGACAACAUCAUCAAAUGGAGCAAGGACUUAG